CCACCGUCACUCUUUUAUCUGCUAGCUCUUUUCAAUUAAUUCUUUCUCUACUUCUCAUCUCUUCUUAUAAGAGAUCAUUAAAGCUCUAAAUUGAUUUCAUCACAUAUCUCUUCUCAUCUCUUCUUUCCAAUGUCAUUGGUUUCAGUUAUUCUUAUCACAUUAGUCAUAUGUACUUGUUGCUUAGUGUUUUCAAAUGGGCAACUCAAAGUUGGUUUCUAUUCAUCUACAUGCCCAAAUGCUGAAGAUAUUGUAAACUCUAUUGUUCGUGAAGCUUUUCUAGUUGACAACAACAUGGCUGCUAUCUUACUUAGACUUCAUUUCCAUGACUGUUUCGUUAAUGGAUGUGAUGGGUCUAUUUUGAUCGAGGGCCAAACCAGAGAAAGACAUGCAUUUGGACAUCAAGGUGUUAAUGGUUUUGAUGUUAUAGAAAAAGCUAAAUCACAGUUGGAAAGAGUAUGUCCUGGUGUUGUUUCUUGUGCUGAUAUUGUAGCCAUGGCAGCUCGAGAUUCUAUCUCAUUGAGCAAUGGACCAUCUUAUCAAGUUCCAACAGGUAGAAGAGACGGCCGAGUUUCGAAUGUUUCGUUUGCUUCCAAUAUGCCGGAAGUGAAUGAAUCAAUUCAAUCAUUAAAAGCUAAGUUCUUGCAAAAGGGACUUAAUGAAAAGGAUCUUGUUCUUCUCAGUGCUGCACACACGAUUGGAACUACAGCGUGUUUUUUCAUGACAGAUCGACUCUACAACUUUCCUACUGAAGGGGUAGGCUCUGAUCCAUCAAUAAAUCCACGCUUCCUCCCCGAACUAAAAUCCAAGUGUCCACAGAAUGGAGACGUAAAUACUCGUUUGCCAAUGGAUAUUGGAAGUCCAUUGAGAUUCGACUCACAAAUCUUGCGCAACAUACGCGAAGGGUUCGCUGUUUUACAGUCGGAUGCCAAACUUUAUGAUGAUGAAGUAACCAGAAGGAUAAUUGAUUCCUAUUUCGGCUUCUUAAGUCCCAUUUUUGGACCGUCUUUCGAAACGGAUUUUGUUAAUUCAGUCCUAAAAAUGGGUGCAUUAGGCGUGAACACGGGUUCUCGAGGUGAAAUUAGACGAAUUUGUAAGGCUUUUAAUUGAAUAAUCAAAAAUCUUUUAAUUUCGGAUAAGUGCUUUACAAAACUAGAGUAGAACUCUUUCGUUUUGUCUUAUAAGAAAA